GUGUCACAUUUUGUUGUUCAAUCGACCGGUUUUUAUUCGAUAUAUUAAACUGAGCCGGUUUAUCCUGGAUUCUGAUUGGCAGAAACUACAGAAACUCAUGAACCAUGUCAGGUGAAGAGUCACAAGGUAAACAAAGAAAGUCUGAAUCUCGUUCGCGUCUGUACAAGUCAACACCGAACCUUAUUGUUAAAAUAUCAACAUCAUCAUCAAUGUCAUCGUCUUCUUCACUGUCAAUAGUACGUUCUAAUUUACCAAUGAUGCCUCCGAAUCAAGAAAUUUGUGAUAAAAUUGCUGAUAAUUCACAAAGAGAAGAAGAAUUGAGAAGUCCAUUACGUCGUGGUAGUUCAUUGAAUUUCAAACGUUUACGACAAGAACAAGAUGCUGAAGGGAAUCGCCUCCGUGUACCCGAUAGUACAAAUAAUGGAUUAAUUAGAAACAAUAAUGAAACUUAUCAAGAAUCAAGCAGUAUACGUCCUGCCCGAUAUUCAGCACCUGCGCCGGAACAGCUUGCUAUCAGUCUUCUUCAGCUUGGAUGUCCUCUUGUUUCCAUGCCCAGACCUCGUGGUGGAGUUGGGUCAGCACAUAGCAGUGAUAGCGAUGAUUCUAUUAGCUCCCACAACAACCAACGCAACCAACGACAUAAUCCAUCUGGAAACACGUCUCCGGAAGGCUAUGGGCUUCCAAAGGUUCAAAUAUCCGGACCUCCAGAUUCCUGUGAAUCCUCACAUACUAAUGGGUCUGCUGGAUCCAUAGGUGCGCGUUCAGCGCCUAGCACCCCUCUUCAAGCAAAUGUAGGAUCUGGACCGGGACAACAAACUCCAUCAGACAAACAGCAUUCGAUUAGCGGAUUGCAAUUGACUGUUGGAUCAGCAACGACUCAUUUACCUCCUAAAAGUCCAAGUCACGUUAGUUUACAAAAAUGCAACGACAGCCAAUUAUCAAAGCCCCUCAGCAGAAGUACACCAUCAAUGACAGUUGGCAGUGGUUCACAGACACCAUCGACUGUCAGCAGAUCAUCCACAAGAUCAUCACCCACAUCAACCAGUAGCGCAAGACAAAAAAAAUUUCAUAGGCACUUUACACAAUCUUCAAAAUUUCACGAUCAGGUUGGACCAGAUGAGCGAGUAAUAAACUACUACAGCUGUGCAUUGGUCGCAGAUAUUCUUCUACAAGGACAUCUUUAUAUCACAUCAAAUUAUUUUGCUUUCCAUAGCAACGUAUUUGGUUAUGUUACAAAACUUCUCAUACCCACUACCUCGGUGCUCAAAAUAAGCAAGGAAAAGACUGCUCGCAUAAUUCCAAAUGCAAUAGCUAUUGUAACUGAAGAUGAAAGACAUGUUUUUUGCUCUCUGUUAUCACGUGAUUCAACGUUUAAACUGAUGAAACAGGUUUGGGAUGCGGCGUUGGAAGGUAGACAACCAGUUGACGAUUUACCUUUGCCUGUUGAUGUUAAAUUAUUAACUCCGGAUUCAUUGCUGGUUGAUGAUUCCGAAAUUAAUGUUGAAGAAGAUGAUUCCAGUAUGUCUGAAAGCGGUACUGACUUAACGUCUAGACCACCAACUGUUUGUACUGAUACUGAUGGUAUGUCUCCUAUUAUUCCACGACCAAUUUUAACGCCACCAAGAUUGGAACUCACAACGCCCAAAAGCGUAUCAACAGCAAAAGUCGGAAUUAUAAGAUCUCUACUAAACUAUCAAUUAAGAUCACGUACCGUUAUCACUAUUUUAGUAGCACUUUUGGCAGUUCUCUACGUAUCAGCAGCUUUAAUGAUGGUUAGAAUUGAUAAAUUGCAUACAGCAUACCUCAAUCAUCCGCUUGCAUCUCCAGAAAGAUUUACGCAAGAUCGAUUAUUACAUUAUCUCAAUACUAAUCUCGAUCAAAUUAUUAAGGUUCGGCAAAGCUUGCAGACACUUUCCCAACAGUUUGUCACAAUGAAUCAAGACAAUGGCAGUCAUGAUACUGUACAUGGGAGUGAAAAAAUAGAACCAGAAGAUGCGCCAAGUUAGCCUCUUAAGUGGAGACUUGAUAUCAUCAUAAAUCAACCAAAUAUUAAGAGUUCUCUUUACCUCGUUAGCGUAUGAAACGCCCCGAAAAAAAAAAAAAAAAAAUGAAUAAUUACGUGAAACAUUAUAUUCGUUAUCAUACGAAUUUCGACAAAAUGACGUGUUAAUUGAAUUCAUUUGAAUUAAAUUACAUUUAUUUAAAUCAAAAGAAAAAAUUAAUCAAGUGAAGACUACACGUUGUUUUGGCCGCUACCUUUUUUUAGCUAUCUGUUAUAUUUAGAAUUUAAAUCUAAUUUAUAGAUUUAAGAGGCUAAAGGGGAAAAACUUUAGGGAAAACGGAAAUGGUAUAUGAAAGAAAUUUAGAUACCUAGCUAGACGUUGAGUCGCAUUAGGUUGCUUGCAGUAUCAAAGAAAUAAAAUACAAUGAAGGGUUUAAUUUUGAUCGAUUAAUUAGUUAGUUAUAUAAAAGUCAAUUGAUUAAUUCAAUAGAGUUUAUAACACAAUAAUAUUAUAGACAAAUAACAACAUAUGUUAAACAAUGACAUUAUAUUAAUUGGAGAGCUCAUAAAUUCCUUUUUUCCAACUAGUCAAGUGUACCUACAGGAUAUGAAACUCAAUAAAAUAAUGUUAAUAAGACUAUAUAAACAGUGAGAUAAUGCAAAAAUUUUAUAGUUAUUUACUUAUUUGAUACGAUUAAUAC